AUGUUCAUUAAUAAGAAUAAAUCUCGUCGAAAAAUUUUGUUAUAUUUUAUUUGUUUAAGUUCAUCGCUUCUUUUCAUAUGUUAUUAUUCAAUAAUAAAUAUUUUUCAACCAUUCAUUCCUAAAGUUCGUAUUCAAUCUGAAAGGAAAGAUCCGUUUAAGAAAAUUUUUAUUUCGCAUUAUACAACAACAUAUGGGAAACGAACUGAUUCAAAAUCAAAAAUUUUUAACAACAACUUAGAAAAUAUUUGUGCUUUACUUGAUCCGGAAGAAUAUCCAUAUGCUAAUGCAGUUUUUGUUAGUUUAAUUGAUUUAGUUCAUUUACCAACUUUACCAAGUUCAAAUGAAUCUUAUAGAAAAAAAUAUCAAUCCCAAUUCUGGUUAUUACAUACUGAAGAAUCUCCGAGAAAAUCUUAUGAAACAGUUCAAUUAAAUGAUAUUACAGAUCUUGAUGAUUGGUUUAAUUUAACAGCAACAUUAAAGCCUGAAUCAGAUAUUCAUAUUCAAUAUAACGGAUAUCGAAUUAAACCUGAAAUAAUAAAUUUUCUUGAGAAGAAAUUCAAUAAAACAUAUCCUCGUACAAAUUUUUCUCAAUUUAUUCUUAAAAAAGAUUUCGUUGAAAAAACGAAUUCAUUCUAUAUGAAAACACUUGCAAAUGUUUUAAGCAAAGAAAUUAAUCUUCGACAAGAUUAUCAUGCAAAUACUUGUCCAUAUACUUGCAAUACACCUUUAUCAAAUGAUCUAAUACUUUAUCUUCAACCAUAUUUAAAGCCAAGAAAUUUUCAAAUGAAAAAUCGAAAUAUUGUUUAUAUCGCAUGGUUUGUAUCCAAUUGCAACACUCAUUCAAAUCGAGAAGAAUAUGUUUCAAAAUUACGAUCACAAAAAGGUAUUCAAAUUGAUAUAUUUGGUUUUUGUUCAUCAUUGUUUAAUUCACGUCGUUUAUCAGAAAGAUGUCGAAAAGGAAUACCGAAUUGUACUUUAGAUAUUUUAACAAAAUAUCGUUUCUAUUUAUCAUUUGAAAAUUCGAAAUGUGACACUUAUAUUACUGAAAAAUAUUGGAUCAAUGGACUUAAUCAACAUGCUGUUCCAAUUGUUUUAGGGGCUUCAAGAGAACAGUAUAAACGUAUUGCAGUACCUUAUUCAUAUAUUCAUGUUGAUGAUUAUCAAUCUGUUGAACAACUUGCUGAAGAACUUCAUCGAUUAAAUCAAAAUGAUUCCGAAUACAUGAAAUAUCUUCAAUGGACACAAUUAUAUGAUGUUGGGAGUGAUUAUAUGCCUACGAUAUUAUAUGAUAUACAUUCGACACUUUGUUUUCUUGGUCAUUAUCAGCGUUUAUAUGAAAUGGAAAAAGUAAAUCAAGAAAGUAAAUAUUUACUUGAAUUAAUUCGUUACUUAUUUUCAAUAAAAAAUAUAACUUUGAAGAAUUUUAAUUGGAAUACAGCAACAACAAAAUUAAUUAAAAUUAGUGACUUUUAUAAUCCAAAAGUUAAUUGUUGGGAUUACGAUUAUCCAUCAAUUUUUAAAAGAAUUUGGAAUUUCUUUUUCAUUUGGACAAAGCUUUUUUAA